CGAUUUCCGGCUCCUCUUGCUCUGUUGCCCCAGCGACGACGGGACGAAGGCUCUGGAGUGUUUUAGGCAUAGGUCCAAUUAGCCGUCGACACAAUGAGAUAAGAUGGACAUAGCAACGACGGACUCCGGCGCCGCCGAAGAGGAUGAAUGUUCAGACUCGGAGGUUUUAUGUUUGAUGAGAGUCGGAAGAAACUCAGACUGGCUUCACUUGUUCGAAAACACCGAGAUCACUGUUGGACGUGGUGCAGAUGUUACCUACCAGCUCAUGUCUCCAAGUUGUCCCCUGAUGAUCUCCAGACUGCACUGUACUUUCAAGCAGAGGGACGAUGGACAGUGGACAGUGACAGACAAGAAGAGUCUCAACGGCGUGUGGGUGAAUGGAAAUCGCAUUCCUGCCGAUGAAGCCCAUCAGCUCCGGCUCGGAGACUCCAUACAGCUCGGAGUUCCCGUCACCGGAGCCAAAGUGGAAUUCGACUACAUCCUGGUCCAGCGGCCUCUCAAAGACAUUAAACUCUGCCUGGCGAAGAGACAGAGGGAAGGUGCCAAAGCUGCUCACAUAACCAAGAAGCCUAAGAGGAAGUUGACCAUGGAUGAAGUGGAGCCAUCUACCUCAAAGCCCAAGCUUUACCGCUGCUCCUCCGCGGACAAGUGCUUCGCGAAGCCCUGCCCUCUGUCCCCGAAGAAACAGCGGCUCAGCCACACGCAGCCGGAGGAAACUGGACCCAGCAGACGGGCCCGAGACGUGGAGCGUCCCUCCGACAGCUCCAGCGCUCCUUGCGAUCUGGACAACUUGCAGAUGUACAGCCAGAACAUCCUGCUGCUGAGGGAGCAGGUGGACGACACCCAGAGGCAGGUAGCGUCUCUGGAGGGGGAACCCCGGCAGGCCGACCCGCACCGAGAGGUGCAGGUGAAGGAGCUGCAGACUCAGCUGGAGACGCUCCGAGCCAAGAUGCACAGGAUGGAGACGUUAGAGAAGUCCUUCAGUGAAACUAAGAGGCAGCUAGAGGAGCAGAAAACACAGCAGCAAGAGGAGCUUUUGAAAAAGCAGCUGGAAGGCGCUUUGCAAGAGCAAAAGAAGGUGAUAGAUGAACUUGCCCUCUCUCGACAAGGUUUUGAAGAGGUUCUUCUGGCCAAAAACAAAGAGUUGGAAGUUACGAAGGAGGAAAAAGAAAAGGCAAAAGCCCAAAAAGAGGAGGUUGUUACACAAGUGACUGAAGUUCUGGAGAACGAGCUUCAAUGCAUCAUCUGCUCUGAGCUCUUCAUCGAGGCGGUCAUCCUGAACUGCGCUCACAGCUUCUGCUGCCACUGCAUCAAGCAGUGGCGCAAGAAGAAAGACGAGUGUCCCAUCUGCAGACAGCCCAUCCAGUCCCAGACCCGCUGCCUGGCGCUGGACAACUGCAUCGACAGCAUGGUGGAGAACCUGAGCCUGGACAUGAAGGCGAGGCGGCAGACCCUCAUCUCUGAGAGGAAAGCAGCUGACUCUGCCGAGGUGAUGGUGAUCCACGACGACGACAGCAGCGGCGGCGGCGGCAGCAGCAGCAGCAGCAGCAGCAGCGACAGCGACGGUAGCGGUAGCAUGGUGUCCAUAUAUAGCAGCGUCAGCUCUGUGGUCUCCUUGGACACAGACAGUAGCAUCCAUCUGGAGUCCAGCUCCCCCUUCAGCGGAUUCUCGGACGAGAGUUUCGACGAGUUUGAGGAUUAGCCGCCGCCCCCACACACACACACACACACACACACACACUUUCACGGUCUCCGCGCUGCAAUGUGAAUCUGACUGUUUCAGUUUUUUCCCCCCGGAUUAUUUACCGGGGGGGGGGGGUCCUUUAAGGGUGUCCUACAGGACGAGGUCUGCUCUCAUCAUGAGUCCAGUCACCAGAGCGAGAUGAGGUUUAUGUUUGUUUUUUUUGUAAAAGGAUCGGCGGUGUUCUUGUGUUUGUUUUCAAUGAAAGGAAUAAAGUUUCUUCCUAUGCAUUUUCACACUCA